AUAAAUAUAUAUAUGCCACUAUUUGCAAUGAGCACGCGGUAGUCUUUAACAAAACGUGAAAGAAUAGUUUAGCAAUGUUCUCAUUGCGUAACAUAUUGCAUGUUCAGUUUGUUCACUACUCAUUUUGUUUCGUGUUUUCUCAACCUUAGUACAGCAAAUCCUUUAUGAAUGUGAAUUCGUCCUGUGCAACUAGAGAACUAGUAAGUACUAGCAAUUCUUUAGCAUUUUGCUCUUUCUUUCCAUCGAGAGAAUGGGAACUUAGAAAUCUUGGAAAAUGGAUAUGCUUUUGUAGAGUAUUGAGGAGAUAUGUCGAUAAGAAACUGGCAACUGAAUAGUAUGUAAUAGUAACGGAACUUAUCUUGAGUUAAAUGGAUUUUAUGUUUCACUAUUAUCAUAUCUUGGUGUUUAGGCUUAAUGUGUCGUAAUAAUUGCAUGAAUGAACUACCACUGCACAAAUUGACACCUCUUAUUCCUUUCAUGUGUUGUUAAAUUUGCAUGAUUCCCCUACUACUUGUGCCACUCUGUUUGUGAUUUCAAUAUUAGUCUAUCUCACCUCGAGUUUGAGUCUAUUACACAAAGUAAGAGACUCCUACACAAAAACUUUCACAUAAUUGACUUUAUACUUUGGACAUCUUUUACAUUGAUUAGGUGUUUGUACUAGUGAUGUAUUACCUCAAUUUUACUUAUGUAUAGCGUUUAUAAGAUGGCUGAUGGAGAAGAUAUUCAACCACUUGUAGUUGACAAUGGAACUGGAAUGGUCAAGGCCGGUUUUGCUGGGGAUGAUGCUCCAAGAGCUGUUUUUCCAAGUAUAGUUGGUCGUCCUCGUUACACAGGUGUCAUGGUUGGAAUGGGACAAAAAGAUGCCUAUGUUGGUGAUGAAGCUCAGUCCAAAAGAGGUAUUUUGACUCUGAAGUAUCCAAUUCGACAUGGUAUAGUAGACAACUGGGAUGAUAUGGAGAAAAUCUGGCAUCACAAUUUUUACAAUGAGCUCCGAGUUGCUCCUGAGGAGCAUUCCAUUCUUUUGACUGAGGCACCACUUAACCCUAAGGCAAACCGAGAGAAAAUGACUCAAAUCAUGUUUGAGACAUUCAAUGUGCCAGCCAUGUAUAUUGCAAUCCAGGCUGUUCUAUCUCUUUAUGCUAGUGGUCGUACAACUGGUAUUGUGCUUGAUUCUGGUGAUGGUGUGACCCACACUGUCCCUAUCUAUGAGGGAUAUGCACUUCCCCAUGCUAUCUUGCGGUUAGAUCUUGCUGGUCGUGAUCUUACAGAUUACCUCAUGAUGAUUCUCACAGAGAGAGGUUAUUCAUUCACCACUGCUGCUGAACGGGAGAUUGUUCGUGAUGUGAAGGAGAAGCUUGCGUAUGUCGCACUGGAUUAUGAACAGGAGCUUGAGACUACAAAGAACGGUAAGGAUGUUGAGAAGAGUUACGAACUUCCAGAUGGGCAAAUAGUCACUAUUGGUGCUGAGAGGUUCCGUUGCCCUGAAGUCCUAUUCCAGCCAUCAUUGAUUGGAAUGGAAGCAGUUGGAAUUCAUGAAACAACAUAUAGCUCAAUCAUGAAGUGUGAUGUGGAUAUUAGAAGAGAUUUAUAUGGAAACGUUGUGCUUAGUGGUGGCUCAACUAUGUUCCCUGGCAUAACGGAUCGUAUGAGCAAGGAAAUCACUGCUCUUGCUCCAAGCAGCAUGAAGAUCAAAGUCGUUGCACCACCUGAAAGGAAGUACAGCGUCUGGAUUGGAGGAUCAAUUCUAGCUUCCCUCAGUACUUUCCAACAAAUGUGGAUAACGAAGGCCGAGUAUGAUGAAUCUGGUCCAGCAAUUGUCCAUAGGAAGUGCUUCUAAGAGUGGUUGUGUUAACUUUAGUUUGUUUAUCAAAUGAAUUCUGUGUCAAGAAUUCUUGCGUUUCGUGUAAUUUUAAUUUGUCUGGUAACACUUUUUAUGUUAUUGAUUCUUGUUCAGGUCUUUCUACUGUGAAUUUAACCUCAAAGCAAAUUGUAUUACAUAAUAAUUAAUGAAUCACAAUAUAACAGAGUCCCUUUUGUUAGGAAGAGGUUGUACCCUCAAUUUAUGACUUUUCAGCGUGAA